UCUUCUUGCACGCUGGGCGCAGCAGGUUCGUGUGAGCGGUGCCUGGGUCCGACAUGGAGCAGCCGGUCCGGGAUGGAUGGUUCCGGGAGACGUGCAGCCUGUGGCCGGGCCAGGCCAUGUCCCUGGAGGUGGACGAGGUUCUCUACCACAAGCGCUCGGCCUUCCAGGAGAUCCUGGUCCUGAAGAGCAAAACCUACGGGAACGUCCUGGUUCUGGAUGGGUUAAUCCAAUGCACGGAGAGAGAUGAGUUCGCCUACCAAGAAAUGAUUGCCAACCUUCCCAUUUGCAGCCACCCAAACCCACGCAAGGUGCUGAUCAUUGGUGGCGGCGAUGGCGGCGUCCUGAGAGAGGUGGUGAAGCAUCCGUCCGUGGAGUCCGUGGUCCAGUGCGAGAUUGACGAGGAAGUGAUUAACGUCUCCAAAAAGUACCUCCCGGGGAUGGCCGUUGGAUAUUCCAGCCCGAAGCUCACCCUGCACGUCGGAGACGGCUUCCAGUUCAUGAAGCAAAACCAAGAUGCGUUUGAUGUCAUUAUCACCGACUCGUCGGACCCUGUAGGUCCUGCUGAGAGUCUCUUCAAAGAGUCCUAUUACCAGCUGAUGAAGACGGCGCUCAGGGAAGGGGGGAUCCUCUGCUGUCAAGGCGAGUGUCAGUGGCUCCACCUGGACCUCAUUAAGGAGAUGCACCAGUUCUGCAAGUCUCUGUUCCCCGUGGUGGAGUACGGGUACUGCACCAUCCCUACGUACCCCAGCGGGCAGAUCGGAUUCAUGCUGUGCAGCAAAAACCCGGGCACCAGCUUCCGGGAACCGGUACAGAAGCUGUCCCAAGAACAGGUGGACGAGAUGAACCUCAGAUACUACAAUUCAGACGUUCACCGGGCGGCAUUUGUCCUUCCGGAAUUUACACGGAAAGCGCUCAGCGAUGUGUGAGACUCCAGCAGAGCUGUCCUCACCGUCUCUACAGAAUCUCAGCGCUUUCUUUAAUUUUAAACCAGAAAACACACGGCAGUCUGUCUCGCCCGGGGGGCCGAACGCGGCUCUCCUUGGCUACCUGCUCCAUUCCAGUGCUGGGAACUGUGACGCAACUUCUUUCCCCCACUCGGGCUUCAAAUCUGUGGGUGCCAUGUGUGCCGGAGAAUACUGAGCGCAUGCACCUUGUCUUUAAAUGAAAAUAAUUCUUUAUUAGCCCCUCUUUAAGAGCAGCGCAGACCCCCGACCCGCUGUAAGUCGGUUUAAGCUGCCUUGAUGUUUACCAAGCCCGCUCUUUGUAACAAUAAGUAUAUCCUCGAUCGAUUUUAAGACGGUUCUUGUCCGGAAUGGAAGACAGAGACCCACCUGCUGCUAAACCUACCCUCAGUAUCGCUUAGGAUUUAACUCCGUCUCGUUACUUUGUAAUCAGCGAAGGAGUUGUGGAUAAAGGAACCUUCCCCCUGCGACGGUACGGCCAUGGCUGCUUUCUGAUAGGAGUGGAAGCGGACGGAUGGACGGACGGACGGGGGGGGUUGGAGAUAUUAGUCCCUUUGAUAGUAAAUUACAAUCACUGAAUGUUCAUUAACACAAAAUGGAUAAAUUAAACAUGAAUGCAAACCUGA